AGCAGUUGCAAAUAUAUUCGCACUCGAUGUGACAACUCAUUGCGAAGGCAGGUCGCUGUGCGAGCUUUAGCGGCUGGUCGCGAGUGGUUUGUGCACAGUGAGUGCUGCCUGCCUUCUGGGGCCCGAAUGGAAUAAAAUGCCAGCGUGUGCCUGCAAUCUGUAAGCAGUUUCGAUUCGACGCUGACAGCAAGACAGGGAGGGGGCUCCGGCCGCCGGCUUGCUGCGUUUGAUGGAGUAAAAAUGUCAGUGAGGACCGGCUUUUACAAACAAGAAUUAAACAAAACGAAAUGGGAGGUGCCGGAGAGAUACCAGAAUCUGACUCCCGUUGGAUCAGGGGCUUAUGGAUCUGUCUGCUCUGCCUAUGAUACAAGAACACGACGGAAGGUCGCAAUAAAAAAGCUAUCAAGACCAUUUCAGUCACUGAUUCAUGCAAGGAGGACAUACAGAGAGCUGAGAUUGUUGAAGCACAUGAAACAUGAAAAUGUUAUUGGAUUGUUAGAUGUCUUUACACCAGCAGUCACACUGGAGAAUUUUCGAGAAGUGUACUUGGUGACAAACCUCAUGGGUGCAGAUUUGAAUAACAUCGUUAAGUGUCAGAAGUUGACAGACGAUCAUGUGCAGUUUCUUGUGUAUCAGUUACUCAGGGGACUUAAGUAUAUCCAUUCAGCUGGUAUCAUUCACAGAGAUCUGAAACCAAGCAAUUUAGCAGUAAAUGAGGACUGUGAAUUACGAAUUCUAGAUUUUGGAUUGGCACGACAGACCGAUGAUGAGAUGACUGGUUAUGUAGCAACUAGAUGGUAUCGAGCACCAGAAAUAAUGCUAAACUGGAUGCAUUAUAAUCAGACAGUGGAUAUUUGGUCUAUUGGAUGCAUUAUGGCAGAGUUGUUGAAAGGAAAAGCCCUCUUCCCAGGAACUGAUUAUAUUGAUCAACUGAAGCGAAUAAUGGAAGUUGUUGGAACACCGAGUACUGAAUUACUAAAAAAGAUAUCUUCAGAACAUGCUAGAAAAUACAUUGAAUCUUUACCAUACAUGCCUCAAAAAGAUUUGAAAGAACUAUUCAAUGGUGACAAUCCUUUAGCUGUAGAUCUGCUUCAGAAGAUGCUUAUACUUGACACUGAUAAGAGGAUAACUGCAACAGAUGCUCUGACUCACCCUUACUUUGCUCAGUAUCAUGACCCUGAUGAUGAACCAGAAGCAGAACCAUAUGAUGAUUCAAUAGAGAAUAAAGAACGGACUAUAGAGGAGUGGAAAGAACUUACAUUUGAGGAGGUAAACAGCUUUGAGUUGCCACAAUCAACAAUGGAUAACAUGGAGAUGGAACCCUAGGAGCAACCUCAUUAAACACAUUAUUAAGAAAUAUAAAGCAUUUCAGCUGCUGCUGGUGUAUGACUUGCCAGAGAUCUGCAUUUUCACCACCCUACAGGCUACCACACAACAAAUUGAUGACUUGGUUAUAGCUGUCUUAAACCAAAAACAGUUGAAUGUAUUUUAACAUUUCAUUUAGUUUAACCAUGACUUUUUGCAUGACUUCUUCUGUAAACAGUUAAUAAACCAAAUCAUGUCUGGCAUUCAUCCUAAAUUUAUCAAUGGCUUUUUAUGUCUAUAUCAAUACCUGGGUUACUACGGCUGAAGUUGGACAAUGAUGCUGACUCAUUCAGAACUUGUGAGAGUACAAAUGUUUUCAAGAUGUCAUUUGAUAACUAUACCAUUUAUUUGACCUGAAAUUUGUUCAUUCUUCAAAAAUUCCUGAUUAACAAACCAAGUGAGAAAAAUUCAAAAGAAAACUUAAAUUUUAUUGUCUUCAGCUCUGUUACACAUACAUUUUAAGCCCAGUUUCACACAAGCUUUUGAUGCUUUGCUCUUUUAUUUAAUGGUAGCAAAACACAUUUUAGAUAGUCUUUUUUUGGUUAAAUUCAUGUUACAAAGAAGGAGACAACCGAGCUUCUACUCAUGGACUGUCAACUCCAAUCAUUAUCUUAUUUGCAAAAUUUUAGCACAUUGCAUGUUUGAUUUGUGAGGUUAGUAGCAUUGUUAUGUCAACAGUUGGAUCCUGAAAUGCUUACAUUUAUCAAAGAAUUCCUGUACAAGCAGGAAAUUCCAAAUAUAUAUGGACUUUAAAUUUUCAAAGAGAUUGUUGCUAGGAAUAAUAUACUGUUCAUUAUCCAUAGGUAAAGUAAUAACUGAGUAGAAUGAUUCCUCUGUAUUGUGUUUUAAAAAACAUAAAGUUCUUUACAGACUGGUUUGUUACAUCUAGCAUGGGGGGAAAUGUUUCCCUUGGCUGUAUCAAAAGCUAAAAGUUGUGCAAACAGUGUAAAAGGCCACCCACAAAGGUGAAGAUAACUAUAUAAAAGUGCAUUAAAUUUUACUUGCCAUAACAAAAAAUGUAAUAAAGAAAUGACAGUCCUUUUUAACAUCUUUAUGAAAUAUUUAUGAAAUAAAAUCAAGUGA